GGGGGCGGGGCCUGUGCGGUGGGAUUUCCCGGCCGGUGUUUCGGGCCCUUUAAGAGGCGACGCCGGAGCCGGAGCCAUUUUCCCCCCUUCGGCCGCGGCGAGGAGGAGCCGGAGCGGAGUGACACCGGCGAGACCCAGCGCGACCUGAGGCGGCUCUAGGUGACUCGGGCCAGUGUAGAGGGCCCCAGGCCGCAGGCAGGAGCAGCUGGGCCAAUUCCCUGGCCGGGGAGCGGAAGGGGAUGGCGUCGGGCCUGGGCUCCCCGUCCCCCUGCUCAGCGGGCAGUGAGGAGGAGGAUAUGGAUGCACUUCUGAACAACAGCCUGCCCCCACCCCAUCCAGAAAAUGAAGAAGACCCAGAAGAAGAUUUGUCAGAAGCGGAGACUCCAAAGCUUAAGAAGAAGAAAAAGCCUAAGAAACCUCGAGACCCUAAAAUCCCUAAGAGCAAGCGCCAAAAGAAGGAGCUGGGGGACAGCUCUGGGGAAGGGCCAGAGUUUGUGGAGGAGGAGGAGGAGGUGGCUCUGCGAUCAGACAGUGAGGGCAGCGACUACACUCCUGGCAAGAAGAAGAAGAAGAAGCUCGGACCUAAGAAAGAAAAGAAGAGCAAGUCCAAGCGGAAGGAGGAGGAAGAAGAAGAGGAUGAUGAUGAUGACUCAAAGGAACCGAAAUCAUCUGCCCAGCUUUUGGAAGACUGGGGCAUGGAAGACAUUGACCAUGUUUUCUCAGAGGAAGAUUACCGUACCCUCACCAACUACAAGGCCUUCAGCCAGUUUGUCCGACCCCUAAUUGCUGCUAAAAAUCCCAAGAUUGCUGUCUCCAAGAUGAUGAUGGUCUUAGGUGCAAAGUGGAGGGAGUUCAGUACUAACAACCCCUUCAAAGGCAGCUCUGGAGCUUCAGUGGCUGCUGCAGCUGCAGCAGCUGUGGCUGUGGUGGAAAGCAUGGUGACGGCUACUGAAGUUGCACCUCCCCCUCCGCCUGUGGAGGUGCCUAUUCGCAAGGCCAAGACCAAGGAGGGCAAAGGUCCUAACGCUCGGAGGAAGCCCAAAGGCAGCCCUCGAGUGCCUGAUGCCAAGAAGCCUAAACCCAAGAAGGUAGCUCCUCUGAAAAUCAAGUUGGGAGGUUUCGGCUCCAAGCGUAAGAGAUCCUCGAGUGAGGAUGAUGAUUUAGAUGUGGAAUCUGACUUCGAUGAUGCCAGCAUCAAUAGCUACUCUGUUUCGGAUGGUUCUACCAGCCGCAGUAGUCGGAGCCGCAAGAAACUCCGGACCACUAAAAAGAAAAAGAAAGGCGAGGAGGAGGUGACUGCUGUGGAUGGUUAUGAGACAGACCACCAGGACUAUUGCGAGGUGUGCCAGCAAGGCGGUGAGAUCAUCCUGUGUGAUACCUGCCCCCGAGCCUACCAUAUGGUGUGCCUGGACCCAGACAUGGAGAAGGCCCCCGAGGGCAAGUGGAGCUGCCCACAUUGUGAGAAGGAGGGCAUCCAGUGGGAAGCUAAAGAGGACAAUUCUGAGGGUGAGGAGAUUCUUGAGGAAGUUGGAGGAGACCCAGAAGAGGAAGAUGACCACCAUAUGGAGUUCUGUCGAGUCUGCAAAGAUGGCGGGGAGCUGCUAUGCUGUGACACCUGCCCUUCUUCCUACCAUAUCCACUGCCUGAACCCCCCACUGCCAGAGAUCCCAAAUGGCGAAUGGCUCUGUCCCCGUUGUACUUGUCCAGCUCUUAAGGGCAAAGUGCAGAAGAUCCUAAUUUGGAAGUGGGGCCAGCCACCAUCUCCCACUCCAGUGCCUCGGCCUCCAGAUGCUGAUCCUAAUACUCCCUCUCCCAAACCUUUGGAGGGGCGGCCAGAGAGGCAGUUCUUUGUGAAAUGGCAAGGCAUGUCUUACUGGCACUGUUCCUGGGUAUCAGAACUGCAGCUGGAGCUGCACUGUCAGGUGAUGUUCCGAAACUAUCAGCGGAAGAAUGAUAUGGAUGAGCCACCUUCUGGGGACUUUGGUGGAGAUGAAGAAAAAAGCCGAAAGCGAAAGAACAAGGACCCUAAGUUUGCAGAGAUGGAAGAGCGCUUCUAUCGCUAUGGAAUAAAACCGGAAUGGAUGAUGAUCCACCGAAUCCUCAACCACAGUGUGGACAAGAAGGGCCAUGUUCACUACUUAAUCAAGUGGCGAGACUUACCCUAUGACCAGGCAUCUUGGGAGAGUGAGGAUGUGGAGAUACAGGACUAUGACCUGUUCAAGCAGAGCUACUGGAAUCACAGGGAGUUAAUGAGGGGUGAGGAAGGACGGCCGGGAAAGAAGCUCAAGAAGGUAAAGCUUCGGAAACUGGAGAGGCCUCCGGAGACUCCAACUGUUGAUCCGACAGUGAAGUAUGAGCGACAGCCGGAGUACCUGGAUGCCACAGGUGGAACCCUGCACCCCUACCAAAUGGAAGGCUUAAACUGGCUCCGCUUCUCAUGGGCUCAGGGCACUGAUACCAUCUUGGCUGAUGAGAUGGGCCUUGGGAAGACUGUGCAGACAGCAGUCUUUCUCUAUUCCCUCUACAAGGAGGGUCAUUCCAAAGGCCCCUUCUUAGUUAGUGCUCCUCUUUCUACCAUCAUCAACUGGGAGCGAGAGUUUGAGAUGUGGGCUCCUGAUAUGUACGUGGUAACCUAUGUGGGUGACAAGGACAGCCGUGCUAUCAUCAGGGAGAAUGAGUUUUCCUUUGAAGACAAUGCCAUUCGUGGUGGCAAGAAGGCCUCCCGAAUGAAGAAAGAAGCAUCUGUGAAAUUUCAUGUUUUACUGACCUCCUAUGAAUUGAUCACCAUUGAUAUGGCCAUCUUAGGUUCUAUUGAUUGGGCCUGCCUCAUUGUGGAUGAAGCCCAUCGUCUGAAGAAUAAUCAAUCUAAGUUCUUCCGAGUUUUGAAUGGUUACUCAUUACAGCACAAGCUGUUGCUAACUGGGACUCCAUUACAAAACAAUCUGGAGGAAUUGUUUCAUCUGCUCAACUUUCUCACCCCUGAGAGAUUCCACAAUUUGGAAGGCUUCUUGGAGGAGUUUGCUGACAUUGCUAAAGAGGACCAGAUUAAAAAACUACAUGACAUGCUGGGGCCUCACAUGUUGCGGCGGCUCAAAGCUGAUGUAUUCAAGAAUAUGCCAUCCAAGACAGAACUGAUAGUGCGCGUGGAGCUGAGCCCUAUGCAGAAAAAGUACUACAAGUAUAUUCUCACGCGGAAUUUUGAAGCACUUAAUGCUCGAGGUGGUGGCAACCAGGUUUCCUUACUGAAUGUGGUAAUGGAUCUUAAGAAGUGCUGCAACCACCCUUACCUCUUCCCUGUGGCGGCAAUGGAAGCCCCUAAGAUGCCUAAUGGCAUGUAUGAUGGUAGUGCCCUAAUCAGAGCGUCUGGGAAAUUGUUGCUGCUACAGAAGAUGCUUAAGAACCUUAAGGAGGGAGGGCAUCGUGUACUCAUCUUUUCCCAGAUGACCAAGAUGUUGGACUUGUUAGAGGAUUUUUUAGAACAUGAAGGUUAUAAAUAUGAACGCAUUGAUGGUGGGAUCACUGGGAAUAUGCGUCAGGAGGCUAUUGAUCGCUUCAAUGCACCGGGUGCUCAACAGUUCUGCUUCUUGCUCUCCACUCGAGCUGGAGGCCUUGGGAUCAAUCUGGCCACUGCUGACACAGUUAUCAUAUAUGAUUCUGACUGGAACCCCCAUAAUGACAUUCAGGUGAGUAGAGAAACUCUAGGAGGUCCCAGCAGCCCCUACCUACCCUCCAGGAAAUGUUCUGUUAUCCUGAAACAGCUGGAAGAAUUGUUGAGUGACAUGAAAGCCGAUGUGACUCGACUCCCAGCUACCAUUGCCCGAAUCCCCCCAGUUGCUGUGAGGUUACAGAUGUCAGAGCGGAACAUUCUCAGCCGUCUGGCAAACAGGGCACCAGAACCUCCCCCACAGCAGGGCAAGGGUCGUGCUGCGGUUCUAGAUAGAAGCUUGGCGGCCUCGGGCGUCCUAAACUGGAACCCUCGGAGGAAAGCCGACGUCGGCGGGAGGGCGGAGCGAAUAGGAGCCGGCUGCCGCACGUUUCCCUCCCUGAACCGCUGGAGCCGGUUAGCCAGGCGGAGGCUUCAGGUGCUUGUGCGGUAUCCCGGAAAAGGGUUUCGACCUGGGCGCCCCGAGAGGGGCGCGGUGCCAGGGUUUGUAUCCACAACGCUGCCCUCCCCCGUUUUUCUUUGCUUUAGCACCAUGGGGCGUAAGUUGGACCCUACGAAGAAGGAGAAGCGUGGACCUGGCCGAAAAGCCCGGAAACAGAAGGGUGCGGAGACCGAACUGGUUAGAUUCCUGCCUGCAGUCCUGGCCCUCCCUCUGCCCCAGGAGGAAGAGGAGGUAGAACGGGAAAUCAUAAAACAGGAAGAAAGUGUGGAUCCUGACUACUGGGAGAAAUUGCUGCGGCACCAUUAUGAGCAGCAGCAAGAAGAUCUAGCCCGAAAUCUGGGCAAAGGAAAAAGAAUCCGUAAACAGGUCAACUACAAUGAUGGCUCACAGGAGGACCGAGAUUGGCAGGACGACCAGUCCGACAACCAGUCCGAUUACUCAGUGGCCUCAGAGGAAGGUGAUGAAGACUUUGAUGAACGAUCAGAAGCUCCCCGCAGGCCCAGUCGCAAGGGCCUGCGGAAUGAUAAAGAUAAACCAUUACCUCCUCUGCUGGCUCGUGUUGGUGGAAAUAUUGAAGUACUUGGUUUUAAUGCGCGUCAGCGAAAAGCAUUUCUUAAUGCAAUUAUGCGAUAUGGCAUGCCACCUCAGGAUGCUUUUACCACUCAGUGGCUUGUGAGAGAUCUUCGAGGCAAGUCAGAGAAAGAAUUUAAGGCUUACGUGUCACUCUUCAUGCGGCAUUUAUGUGAGCCUGGGGCAGAUGGGGCGGAAACCUUUGCCGAUGGCGUCCCCCGUGAAGGCCUGUCUCGGCAGCACGUUCUUACUAGAAUUGGUGUCAUGUCCUUGAUUCGCAAGAAGGUGCAGGAGUUUGAACACGUGAAUGGGCGCUGGAGCAUGCCCGAACUGGCUGAAGUAGAGGAAAACAAGAAAAUGUCGCAGCCAGGGUCACCCUCUCCAAAGACUCCUACACCUUCCACACCAGGGGACACACAACCCAAUACUCCUGCACCUGCACCACCUGCUGAGGAUGGGAUAAAAAUAGAGGAAAAUAGCCUUAAGGAAGAAGAGAACACAGAAGGAGAAAAGGAGGCGAAAUCUACAGCCCCUGAGGUGACUGUGGAGUGUGCACAGCCUGCUGCUCCUGCCCCUACCCCUGCCCCUGCCUCUGAGGAUGAUAAGGCUCCUGCUGAGCCUCUUGAGGGAGAGGAGAAAGUAGAGAAGGCAGAGGUGAAGGAGAGAACAGAGGAGCCUAUGGAGACGGAGCCCAAAGGCUCUGCUGAGGCGGAGAAGGUGGAGGAAAAGUCUGCAAUAGACCUGACCCCUAUCGUGGUGGAAGACAAAGAAGAGAAGAAAGAGGAAGAAGAGAAAAAGGAGGUAAUGCUUCAGAAUGGAGAAACCCCCAAGGAUCUCAGUGAUGAGAAGCAGAAGAAAAAUGUCAAACAGCGCUUCAUGUUCAACAUCGCAGAUGGGGGUUUUACUGAGUUGCACUCGCUUUGGCAGAAUGAGGAGCGUGCAGCCACAGUCACUAAGAAGACCUACGAGAUCUGGCACCGCCGACAUGACUACUGGCUGCUAGCUGGCAUUAUAAACCAUGGCUAUGCCCGAUGGCAGGAUAUCCAGAAUGACCCACGGUAUGCCAUCCUCAAUGAGCCUUUCAAGGGUGAAAUGAACCGUGGCAAUUUUCUAGAGAUCAAGAAUAAAUUUCUAGCUCGAAGAUUCAAGCUCUUGGAGCAAGCCUUGGUGAUCGAGGAGCAGCUUCGAAGAGCAGCUUACCUGAACAUGUCAGAAGACCCCUCUCACCCAUCUAUGGCCCUUAACACUCGUUUUGCUGAGGUGGAGUGUUUGGCAGAAAGUCACCAGCACCUCUCCAAGGAGUCGAUGGCAGGAAAUAAGCCAGCCAAUGCAGUCUUACACAAAGUCCUGAAACAGCUGGAAGAAUUGUUGAGUGACAUGAAAGCCGAUGUGACUCGACUCCCAGCUACCAUUGCCCGAAUCCCCCCAGUUGCUGUGAGGUUACAGAUGUCAGAGCGGAACAUUCUCAGCCGUCUGGCAAACAGGGCACCAGAACCUCCCCCACAGCAGGUAGCCCAACAGCAGUGAAGACCCAGCAAUGAUCCCACUUCCACCACUGAGCAGUGACCUUCCUCACUUUCUCUUGUCCCGGCUGCCCCCUGGGGGGCCGGAGAGAUCCUCGCCUUCCUUCUGCCCAUCUUCUGAGUUGUAAAGGAACAGCCCUGUGCACUAGGGGCAGGGAGGGAGUGAGGGGCAAUGGUGCCUGCCCUUCCUGCUGGAGAGACAAGCAGCAAUAGCGCGGCGCCAUGUGCAAGGAGCUGCAGGCUGGCUGCCUUCUGGACCCUGGCUUCUCCCCACCGCGCACCUGUUACAAACUGUUGUGGGUUCUGCCAGGCUUGAAGAAAAUGAUCUGAAUUUCUUCCUCUUUUUGGUUUUAUUAUUUUGUUGGUUUACUUUGUGUUUUCUCCUUUUGGGGGGUAUUCAGAGUGGGCCGGGCCCCUGGGCGAGACACAGCUACCUCUGUUGGCAUCUUUUUAAUACCAGGAACCCAGCGGCUCCAGCCACUGAGCGGCUAAAAUAAAGUUGGAAAAAAAAAAAGAAAAAAAGAAAAAAAAGGAAAAGAACCAAAAGCAUAAAAAAAACCACAACAAAUUUCUUGAUGAGAAUUGAAAAUAAAAGUUUCCUUGUAUUUUA